AUGUGUGACAAGCUCGACCUAGCGACUGUAUUGGACGCACCUUACGGCUGUGAUCACGUCUUAUGCUUCUGCGACGGCCUCCUUCUCGUAAGCCGCUUUUUAAGCGGCGCAAUCGCAUUGUGGAAUACAUCCACUCGAACAAUAGAAAAGAUUUCUCUCCCCUACUCGUGUUACGGUUCGAGCUACGGGGUUUGUCGAGACCCGAUCACGGACGAUUUUAAGGUUGUGAUCCUGUCCUAUAGUUACUACACGGUGUAUUCAUGCAAGAACAAUUCAUGGAAGAAGAAGAUGAAAUACGAGUGCAUCGAGUACUUUUAUUCUGGAUACAGUUAUACUUCGAUAAUGGACGGUUGUCCCGGGGUGUGCGUUGACGGUGCCAGCUAUUGGGUUGUGGAAAAAUCGAAAAGAAUUAUGUAUUUCGAUCCGAGAGACGACAAGUUCAAGAUUCUGCAGAAGCCGGAGAGUAUUGCAGAUGAUGACGUCAGCAAGUCGAUUUUCUUGGUUGAUUUGGGAGGCAGCUUGUGCCUUUAUUGCAACGGGAGAGACGCGACUAGGGUUACGAUUUGGGCAAAGGAAAAGGGCAUUGAUAGUAAUUCUUGGAAGAAGUUGGUAACUAUUAGGAAUGUAGAGACGUCGAUUAAGCUGUUUGAGCCGCAAUGUUUCGUCGGAAAUAAGAUUGUGAUUCGAGUACAGUAUGAUAAGGGAUUGGUAGUGUACAACACUUCUAAGAAGAGGUUUAAGGAAUUGAAGGAAACAAAGGCUUUUGGAAUUGGAUUGGUUCCGUAUUUGGAUACUGCGUUUUUCCCUAUCGAGAAAUCGAGGUCGAAGAGGAAGCGGAAUUCUUUACAAUAG